AUGUUACAGUUAAUAUUAGUGUUUAGUGUGUUUUUUGAUAAUGUGGUAACGCAAGAACUAUCAUUAACUGAAGAUAUUAAAGCACUAAGCGAAUUACCUUUAGAAAAAUUAUUAAAUAUAAAAAAAAGUUUUGAGUUUGAUGAAGAGGAUGUGUCUGAACCAGUAGUUAAUUCGACAACAGGAAUUCCGCAAGCUUUGCCACUUCAGUCGAAGAAAAUCUCCAAAGAAAGUCAAGUUUACCACUACGACGACUCAUCAUCAAAGGACAAGUCGUCAAGCAUCCAAAGCAUUUUUCAAAUAUCAGUGACGACCCUGGCUUUUUUGGCUUUCGGUGGAUACUUAAUAUGUCUUCUAGUGCAAGCCGUUAAAGGAAAGAAUAACAACUAUCAAACGACAGCAACUCAAAUCAUGUCCGCCAUUAUAAGUCAGCAAAUCAGGAGAAAGAGACCUACUAGUGCUCCAUAUAGGAGGAAAACAACGACGAGUUACAGUUACUGGAAAAGAAGACCACGGCCCAAGAGAGAAAUUUUGACGGAUUUAGAUGUGGAUAGUAUGUACUAUUCGCUUAUUAAUUUAUCUGAAGGGUACACCAGAUAUCAUACUGAGGAUUAUUUGAGAUAUAACUUUUCAUCU